GCGCGCCCUGCACUGUAUGCUAGGAAAUGAGGUGCUGCCUGCCAUAUGGCUCUAGAACCACGCACGCUGUGGGACUUUUUCCUCCGCUGACUGCUCCCAGGCCAUGUCUGACUCGCUCCUCCCUUCUCCUUGCAGGAUCUCCCCACUCAGCCAGACAGCGCCAUGGCAUGUCAACGACCUCUCCUGCUCUUGCUCUUUGUAGUGCUAGUAGUCAGCACCCACCUGUCGAGAGCUCAGCACUGGUCCCACGGCUGGUAUCCCGGAGGGAAAAGAGAACUAGAUUUGCCACAGACUCCAGAGGCUUCAGAAGAAAUCAAACUCUGUGAUGGGGAAGAGUGUGCUUAUCUGAGGAGCCCAAGGAAAACCAUUGUGAACACGCUGCUGGCUGACAUGCUGGCGAGACAACUACAGAAGAAGAAGUGAGCCCUUCCACAGACUCUUUCCGAAAUGCUUGCCAGCCCCACUGGCUUUUCAGUCAUUUCCUUUGCAACAUGAUGGUGUGUCUGUAGAUUCCAUGUAUCUGACCGUUAAAGAAUUCUUAUGAACAUCUUGGCUGACUGCACUUGAAUGCUGGGAACGUGGAUAAUGGUGUAAUGUUUGAGAAAUGCCCCCGACCCAUCACCCAACCAGAACGAGGCCCUGUCUGGAGUUCUUUACGCACUUGUGUAAUUCCAUCAUGUUGAAUAAAAUACUUUAUUUUGCUAUAUAUACA